GAUCCACGGACUUUACUCUGUAUUGCCCUAGUAACUCCUAUGUUCAUUCUAUUUUAUCCCACCAAUUAAAAACAAUAUAAUUUUUAAUAUAUUUUAAUCAGAAACGUGGUGAAAAUCAAAAUUGCCCUUAAUGAAACCAAGUAUUUACAGGAUCCAACCUAAACUAUUUGACUCGACCCACUAUUAGUCGGAUCCUUAACCAGAUCCGCGCGUUCCUUUCUUUUUUCUCUUCCUUUGUCGUCUCUCACUCUCUUCUAAACCUUCUAAACCUGAAAAUUGAAAAAAAAAAUCCUAGAACCGACGAAAACGAUGAAGCCCACCGCAUUGACUGUUUCCUUCACUGCUUCUUCUCUGAUUUUCCCUUAGUCCCUCGUGCCCUUCCUUGUUUUACUCUGAUUUCAUCAUUUCCCCAAACCAGUCCGUAACCCUAGAUUUGACGAAAUCAAUUGAAAAAAUUGAUCGAAUCAACUGCUCCUGCGGCGUAUUCUGUUCUCCCGCUCCUUCUGUCGGCGACGCAAUCGACGGAACCCUAGACUUCAUCUCCCAUCUCCUGUUUUCGUUCUCGUCUCUUCCGUGUAAAAGGUAUUUUCUCUAGAGCAAUUUUUGAUUGAUUUUGUUGUGGGUUUGGGUUUGAAAGUCCGUUUGAAAGUAUUGUGGUUGAAAAUCGGUUAGGUUCAGAUUUUUUUCAGAAUGAGGAUUACAGAGACUGAAACUUGGACACGUUUGGUUUUGAGGUUAUAGAGAUUGAAAGUUUGGUUUCAGAUUUGAGAUAAGUCUAGUAAUUAUUGAAGACUAACUGUUUUGGUGAUAGAGUGUCCUAGACUGUUUGAUAUGUGAAACCGAGUUGAGUGAUUGAUUAAUUGUGAUGUAGUGAUCGAAUUGAUUGGUUGGAGUUUUAUUAUUGAAUGAAUGAUUUAGGGUUUUGAGAUCAGACAUCUAUAAGAAUCAAUGAUUUAUUUUGUAGAUAUUUCAUUGAAUGGGUUUGUUAGCGUUGGUGGUUAUUGAACGUUUAUUGUGUAUGUAUAUAUUCAGGGGAUCAAGAUAUUGAGAGGCUAUAGAUAAUGGCAGGCCGAGGUCGAGGGAGAAAAAAAUCUCAGCAGAAAAAGUCCACAAAAAGAAACAGUGCUCCUGUAGAAGAGCAGCAUGUAGAAGAACUUUCAACAGAGAAUGAUAGUGAUGAUCUGUCAGCACACGAAAUUGAGUCUGAUAAUCAGGGAACCGAUAAUCAGUCGGCAUCAUCUCAGGUAAAUUAUCUCCAAAUGCUAAUAAACAGACUAGUAAGAAACAAAUGCUAAUGUAAUUUUUAUUUGGUUUACAGGAGUGCCAACCACUGCCACCUGAUGAGCUAUGUUUCAAGAACACCGAGUUCACCCAGACGUGUAAGAUACAGAGCAAGUGUUAUGUGACCGAGACGGUGAAGUUUCUGAAGAAGGCUAGGUUUAAGCCUGAGCUCCAGUGGUUUGAAAACCACCCUCAGUUUUGCCAUUUUUUCCACAUGCCCGAUGAACCAAACUUGAAGCUGCAGGGUAUGUGGAUGCUUCUACUGCGCACUGUUCCUUUACAUGAGUCAGAGGACACAUCUUGGUUUGCUGUUAAUGGAGUGCCCAUUCGGUAUUCAAUGAGAGAGCAUGCUCUCAUCUCGGGAUUGGACUGCCAUGACUACCCGGCUAAGUAUAAGAAGAUUGGAAGCUUUGCGUUUGUAGACAGGCAUUUCAAAUCACAUAAGGAGAUCACUAUGCUAUCUGUGAGAGAGAAGUUGUUGAGUAUGAGUGCGUGUGGGGAUCGACUCAAAAUGGCAGUGCUUUACUUCUUAGGCACGAUUAUCAGAGGGAAGGGAAGGUAUAAUGCCCCGUUCGACCCUUUCAUAUUAAGAAUCGUCAACGAUGUGGAGGUUUGUAAAACCUUUCCUUGGGGUCGGUUGACGUUUGAAGAUGCUCUCCGGUCCAUCACUCGCGUGAUGAAGCAUCUGAAAGGGAAACCUAAGAAUAAUGUCAACUUUCCCGGGUUCAUAAUUCCUUUGGAGGUAAAUUUGAUUUAUCCUUAUGAUUUUUCUUUUUUUCGAGUGUAUUUUUUUUGCUUAUGAUUUUUUUUUUUUUUUGACAAUCAGAUUCUGGCAUUUGAGUGUAUCCCAGCUCUGAAAGCACGAUUUAGAGAAGGUGUAGAAGGCUGUAUGAGUAAGUGUCCGAGGAUGUGUAAAAGCGGUUCCAAAGUAACAGCAUGAAGGGCUAUCCUCUUGAGGAUUUGUACGACACACUAGGAGAAAUUAAGGUUAUUAAAAGUGUUCUUGUUCCUACUGUUGAUGAGGAACCUCUCAUGGCACGCUUAAUGGAUGGGGAGCCAGACUAUGAAAAUGAAGAAGGCGUGAGUAAUUUGUGGAGCACGUGGUUGACUGUUAAGGAGAAGCCUAUCUUUUGGCAAGAACUCUAUGAGUUAGAUGUGGCUGCAAGGGAGUUUCCUCAGAAGAAAGAUAAAAGGAAAGUGCAUGAAGAAGCAUCCUCCUCUAAUACAAGUUUGGAGGACGUUUUGAAAGGGUUUGAAGAGAGGUUGAUGACAAGUUUGAGUGAAGUGAAUGGGAAGGUGGAAAAAAUGAACAAGAGGCUUGGGAAGAUUGAACGUUGCCAAGUUGUUUUAAAAAAGAGGUGUAAAAGGAUGAAGGCAAUGGAGAAGAAGCUUGAGAAGAUUGAAGAUUGCCAAUAUUAUUUAAAAAAGAAGGCCAAGAAGGUGGAGAAAGAAAUGAAGGAAAUGAAAGAGAAGGAGGAGGAUAAGGAGAACAAUGACGGUUUCGACUAUCAAGGCAUGGAUUAUGACUGGGAUGGGCAGCGGAAUGACAGCAAUGGAGCGGACGCAACAACCAAAGAACCUGAAGAUGCAGAUAUGGUUGAAAAUACAGAGGUGGUAGAAGAGAAAGAGAGUGAAGAAGACGCUCAGAAGGACGAUAGAGGUUCUGAGGAAGAGACAGAACCUGAACCUGAAGCAGAAGCAGAAGCUGAAGAAGACAAAGAAAAAGAGGAUGAGGAAGAGAGUGAAGAAAAGGCUCAGAAGGAACCUGAUGAGGUUGAGAUGAAUGAAGCCAAUGAGAUUGAAGAAGAGGUUGAAACAGAGGCUCGGGUUGAAGUUGAAACAGAGGCUCGGGUUGAAGUUGAAACCGAGAAAACUCCUACACCACCACGUGGUAGGACUAAGGCAGCAGCCGCGAGGAGACAAAUCCUAACAACACCAGAAAAGUUGUUCGGAAAGGCUGAAAAAAUGGUUGAGAAAGAGGUGGAAGAAUCUGAGGAAGAGGCUGUAAAAAUGGUGGAGGAAGAGGUGGUAGAGCCUGAGGAAGAGGCUGGAAAAAUGGUGGAGGAAGAGGUGGUAGAGCCUGAGGAAGCGGCUGGAAAAAUGGUGGAGGAAGAGGUGGAAGAACCUGAGGAAGAGGUGGAAGAACCCGAGAAAGAGACUGAAAAAUAUACUGAGGAAGAAAAGCAAGAGUGGUACAUGGUUGUCUACGAAGGCAGUACUUGUGAAACGAAGGAAGCUGACAAGGGAGCAGCCAAGCCUUCUGGAACUGGGGUCAAGCAUAGGCCAAAACAAAUGGCAUUGAGGAAGCACGCUACUAAGCAGGCUCCUAAGCCGAGGGGUAGACCGAGAAAGGAUACUGAACCAAAGAAGUUCACAACGCCAGAACAGACAAAAAGGAUACGUUCACGUUCACAGUGGGUUUCCACUCCUUUCACUGAAGCUAACACUGAUGAGAUUGAAGGGCGCAAGAAGAAGCCUAGAACAAAGGCGUAGAAGACAAGAAGCUUAACAUAUUUUGGGUGUUUAGUAUUUAUCUCGGAUUUGUUGUGAACUUAUGUAAGAAGUUAUGUUUUGUUGCUUGCUGGUCUGUAAAACUUGAAUGAUAUCUCUUAUGUAGGAUGUUCUGUGUUGUGUGAUUGUCUUGCAGCAGGUUUGGCCCAAUUGAGGACAAAAAUGAUCUAAGUCUUAAGAAAGCACAUUUGUACUACUAGGUUUAUUAUGUAUUACUAAGACAAACAAAAUUUGUCAACAAUAAAAAAAAAAUAUAAGAAACAAAAUGACACAUGUCUAAAACGUGUUAAACGUGUAAAAUAUAAGAAAAAAAAAUAGCACAUGUCUAAAACGUGUAAAAUAUAAUAUUAAACAAAACAUGUUUGAAUA